AUGGUAAUGACCGAGGCUGUAUUAGAGAUCCAGAAUGGCAGAAGCGAGGUCUGGGACAAAAGUGAAAAUGGGGAUUGGCAUUGCACUGCCAGCUGGAAGACGCAUAGUGGAUCUGUGUGGCGUGUGACGUGGGCCCAUCCUGAAUUUGGGCAGGUCCUGGCUUCCUGCUCUUUUGAUAGAACAGCAGCUGUAUGGGAAGAAAUAGUGGGAGAGUCAAAUGAUAAACUCCGAGGCCAGAGUCACUGGGUAAAGAGGACCACUCUAGUAGACAGUAGGACAUCUGUUACAGAUGUGAAGUUUGCUCCCAAGCAUAUGGGUCUUAUGUUAGCAACCUGUUCAGCAGAUGGAGUUGUACGGAUUUAUGAAGCUCCAGAUGUGAUGAAUCUCAGUCAGUGGUCACUGCAGCAUGAAAUCUCAUGUAAGCUAAGCUGCAGUUGUAUUUCUUGGAAUCCUUCAAGUUCUCGAGCCCAUUCUCCAAUGAUAGCUGUAGGAAGUGAUGACAACAGUCCAAAUAUAUUGGCUAAGGUUCAAAUUUAUGAAUACAAUGAAAAUACCAGGAAAUACGCAAAAGCAGAAGCUCUGAUGACAGUCACAGAUCCUGUACAUGAUAUUGCAUUUGCUCCAAAUCUGGGAAGAUCCUUCCACAUCUUAGCUGUAGCAACCAAAGAUGUACGAAUUUUUACACUAAAACCUCUAAGGAAAGAAUUGACUUCAUCUGGAGGAUUAACAAAAUUUGAAAUUCAUAUUGUGGCACAGUUUGAUAAUCACAACUCCCAGGUGUGGCGAGUGAGCUGGAAUAUUACGGGCACAGUGCUUGCCUCCUCUGGUGAUGAUGGCUGCGUCAGGCUCUGGAAGGCUAAUUACAUGGACAACUGGAAGUGUACUGGUAUACUGAAAGGUAACGGGAGUCCAGUGAAUGGUAGUUCUCAGCAGGGAAUUUUUAAUGCCUCUCUAGGUUCAGCCAAUACAAGUCUACAGAAUUCCCUAAAUGGAUCAUCUGCCAGCAGGUAUUUCUUUCCCCCUCUGGAUUCCCCACGGGCUGGAUCGAGAUGGUCCAGUCAUGCCCAGCUCCUUCCUCCUCCUCCUCUGAUAGAGCACUCUUGCGAUGCUGACACUGCCACCAUCCAGUAUCCUCACCCUCGCAGACGAUGUGUAUCUCGGCCUCUUAAUCUAUUACCUGAGAAUGAAGGGGUUUAACAUGUUACUUUAAAUAAAUUCCAAAGGGCCUUAUUCUGGUGUUUGUGAAUGCUUCCAUUUCUGGCUGCCUUUGUAUUUCUUCUCUCGUACAGAAGAUUUUAAAAAAUUUGGGGACUUCAUGCAUGUUUUGCAAAACAAACCACAACAUUUGGAACAUGUUAUUUAUGUUUGUGUAUCAAAGCAACCAUUUUAAUCUGUACCCUUUGAACUAUGGCAACACAUACAAACAGUAUUACCCAUGCGCUAUUUACAGAGUAGCUGACUUAAUGUGCCUGUCCUUUUUUUCUUUUUUCUUUUAUUUUUGGAAUCAGUUUAGUGUGAUCUUGAUUUUUUUUUUUCUUUUUGUAUAUUGUACUGACAAAUGUGAACUAUUGUCUCAACAUGAAACAUGCCUUCAAGAAG